AUGCGAAUUCUACAGCCCCAAAGUACGUAUGGAGAAGCUCCGGGGGUCAUCGUAGGUGCGCUUGCUGUUGGAGAGAAGAUGCCCUACGUGGCACCUGUAUCUGAGCCUGAGCUCUACGUGCGAUUGCUAGUUUCGGAUCGACAAUAUGCUGGCAAUCAGAUUGGUAAACGCCUUUUGGAUCAUGCGCGUGAUCUUGCCAGCAAGGAUGGAGUCUCGUUACUACGGGUAGAUUGCUAUGCUGGUGGCGAUGGUAAAUUGAUCCGGUACUAUGAGUCUCAGGGGUUUAAGAGGUUCGAAAGGUUGGAUGUUAAAGGCGAAUGGCCUUGUCAAGUGCUUGCUCAACGAUACGGUAGCUUCACAGCGUAA